AUGACUAAAUCCAAGUUUCAGAACAUUAGGUUAGAUCAUGGGAAACUAACUCCUGCGUUGUUGGUUGCUCUUUUUCAGAAGCCACAGGACCGAGCAUUUCUGAUAGAGUUGGAAAGUAAUUUGUUAUGUUUCAUUGAGUCACAAGAUAUGACUUAUAAGCUGCAACCGAUGAACUCGUACUACCGGCUAUUAUCUCAUCAUUCUGCAGAUUAUCAUGGACUACCACAUAUAGUGUCUAAGGACGAAGAUAGAUGUGUUGUAAUAUACAAAAACGAAGAUUUCAAACCUUCGAAUGUAGAUCAUGGAUAUCUCGAUUCGUCCAAUAGUUACGUUGAAUGGAACGGGCAAAUUCUGUUGCAGGAUUUGGAUCCGAGUAUUCUUUAUCAAUUUGCACCAGAAUAUUUCAAGAAAGCAGCAAUAGCAGCUAUGAACAAUUCCUGUUCGCAUGUUACAAGUAAGAUCAUGAACCGGCGACAACAGCAACUGCCAAAUGCGUAUCCCCAGAUUCAGCGUGAAACCUUGUCUAGACAAAAACAACAACAACAACAACAACAACAACAGCAGCAGCAGCAGCAGCAGCAGCAGCAGCAGGUCCAUCAUUACAAGCCUAAUAAAUAUAAAGUAUUAACCAGGACCCAGCAUGCGAGAUUCAAAUCUGUCAUUCAGGAUGUCAACGAUGUUACGAGUCGAAGUUCAUCAGUUAUGGAUGUAGUAUCUCCGCUUGAUUCCUCAGCGAACUCAUCCACAACAGAUUUGCCUAGAGAUAGCAAUGAACAAAAUCAAAGUCAUGAAACCGAGAAGACAGAUCUCCUAGAUGAACCAAAUACGCCCAAAAAAUCUAGCAGUUCUGACUCUAUUAGUAGCAUGAUUAGUUCAGAUGAUUCUCCCCAACCUCACCAAUUUGAGACCUCUCGCUACAAAUUCAACAAGAUUGUCGGUGCUUUGUCAACUUCUACAAUGAACUAUCGAACCGUUCAAGUUGGUGACAAUAAUGCGAGUGAUGACAACAGUCAUUAUAAUAAGUGCGGAAAAGGCAGCAGGAUGAAGAGCAAAAGUGACGAUGGCAAAGAGCACGCCAGCAGAUCCCAUAAAAAAGGCCCCAAUGCCAGCAGUACCUGUCCAGAUAGUUCAAGAAGCGAAAAUGCACCUACAAGUAAUCGUCGCCCCAAUAACCAUAAGCGGAAAACACAUUACCAAAAGGGAUAUAAAGCUAACAACCAAUUUUAUUGCUACUGUCCUGGGAAUAACAAUGACGAUGUUGCCACUAAAACUAACAAUGGUUUAAACAAAGGUGGGUUGCCGUUUGAAGGCCACAUUGCAUACCUGCCUCAAGGAUAUGUGCCACACUUUCAUCAAAAUUUCUACUACCAUCCAUCUCAGUACAUGAUUGGAUAUUCCCCGACCUCCUCUGCCCCGCCAAUGGAGUAUCUGUUCGCCCCACCACCUCAUCCAGUUCCUUUGCAAGGGUACCCUUCUGCAGUCAAUAUCCAUGUAACAACCCCUCAGGCAAUGCAGACUGGGCAGGCAGUGGUUGGUGCAGGCCCCACCCCCAUUAUAAAUCCUCGGCAAACUAAUGGUUUCUACCAUCUAACAAACACUGGCGGUCUUCCUUCUGCGAGCCACUCAAAGCCUUCUAGGAUCAACGACACCCAUCAGAACUUAAUGAAUACUCCCCCGAGUAGCUCAAUCACUGACAAACCCGCUAACACUACAGUACCCCAUAAAAAAAAACUUGAUGCAGGAGGAGAAGGUAGCUCGAAAAUCAAAAACUGA